UUUCUAUAAAUUUAUACCCUGAUCCUGAAACUACUUCGCCUGCAAAUUUUCGAUGCCUACUCGUCGUAGAGAUUUUCUAAGAAGCCGAUGAAUAACUAAUCUGAGAAGUACAGAGGGCAAGCAAGUGGGUGCACACGCUGCAAAAUGAUUUUGACUCUCCUUCCGAAGAGCGUGCGUGAAAAUGCAGAAAUUGUCACUCCCUUCCUCACCCACUAUAUCCUGAAACUGCUUCUCAAGCAACUUGGCAUGCAGUCCCAAAAUCCAUUUCCUAUACACUAGACAGGGACACCUACCCUCAAAUAGUAUCUUCCUUGGGAAAAAUAAACUUAUAAAUAAUAUUUAUAUAAAUAUUUCAUUCCGUUUUUAAGAGGUAAAUAAAAAAAUGAAAGUGAGAAAUCAGUUGGCGUGUUAAAAUGGAAUUGCCCAAGCCUCCACUGAGUGAAACAGAUAUGAAUGAGGGAAAGAUUAAAAGAAAAUAAAGAAGCAAAACGAGAAGCCAUUGAUUUUGAUCCUCUCUGCUGUGCUGAAUAUAGGGGUGUGUGUGUGGUUCUUUGUCGUUGCUAUUUUUGGUACAGUGUGACCCACUCUUAUUGAAGCUGUGCUGUCUAGCUUCUCCUUUUUUAUGUAAAGUUACCCAGUUUCCUUUUUGCAAAAUGGUACAUCUCGUUUUUUUCUGGGGGCGCAUCAAACGAGGUUGAGGUCCUCCCCUUUUCGGUUGAGCUCACUGCAGUACUCCUUUUUGCCUUCCACGUUCCUUCUUCUUUAUGAUACUACAUACAUACACACACAUAUAUAUAUAUAUAUAUAUAUAUAUAUAUAUAUGUAUAUAUACACAUAUAAGAGAAGAUAGACUGAUUGUAUUGCACAUUAUGGAGGUGGCAUUCAAUUCCUGAACCCCUCUUGGGUACACUUUUUCAGAAUUUUUCUUCUCCUGCAGUUCUGCCACCUUUCAACUCUCUCUCUCUCUCUCUCUCUCUCUAUACUGUUUUUUUUUCCUCAGCGCCUAUUUUCCUCCUCUCAAGGUUUUACUCUGGCACUGUUAGUGCUUCCUCUCUCUCUUUCUCUUUCUCUCUCUCUGUCUACUUCUCUGUGAAAAUGGGCAACGCUCAAAAUUGCAUCUGUUGGCACAGAAAUAGACAUGUAAUCAUUUCCUUGCUCCUACUCUUGAUUUCAAGCUUGACCCAUGUGAGAUUCAUGGCUGAAGGUAGAGCAAUUUCCAAGCUAAUUGAGGCUGUCCAGAAGGGGCGUAUUGAGGAAGUUGAUAAGGUGGUGAGAGUGGUGAACAGAGCUCGUCAAAUAGGAUCAAGGCCACCAAGGUGCGAGAGGCGGUGCAGUGGUUGUGGACACUGCGAGGCAGUUCAGGUCCCAAUUGUGCCCAAAUUCCAAACCCACAGUCGAAGUUUCUCUGUUUCCUCUUCAACUACAAGAGCCAGCAACAAACAUAUAGCAAACUCCAGAGGCGAUGAUAUCUCCAACUAUAAGCCCAUGAGCUGGAAGUGCAAAUGUGGAGACUAUCUUUUCAAUCCUUAAGAUUGCCAUUUUUAAUGAGAAUGACUCUCCUUUGUUUCCAUUACUUGAGUAAUAAGAACGUGUUAACCGUAAUGAAAGAGAAGUAAAAGGAAAUAUUUGAUAAUUCGGGAAUCAAAUGUUGUGUAAAAGCAGCAAAGCAACUGAGGUGUACGGAAUGCUUUGGUUUUGGCAUGUAUUUCUAUUUGUUUUUGGGGGUUUUGGGUUUUAAAGCAACGUUUGGUGCUGGUGAUGUCGAUUUUAAUGGAAAGUGACGACAUGGAGUAAGAUAAUAAAUGAGAUAAAGAUGUGAGGUGUCGCAAAAGUAGUAUGUCAGACAGUUCUGUUUUCGUAUCUUACAAGAUUUGUGCAUACAGAUUACAAAAAGCCUGUGCGGCCUUCGCCAUAUUUUACACAGCCUUUCUCGAAGGGAUAAAAUCUUAGAAACAAC